CUAGUUGACUGAAGAUUACUGUGUAAAUAUAAUUUUUAGGAAGAAAAUUAAUUUUUUAGUUUCAACAAAUCGUAUGCACGGUGAAUUCCGUUGCGCCCGCAGUCGGAUAUAUUUUUAUGCGGUAAAAUUCAAAGCGUGCGUGUGUGUGUGCGCGAGGUAAAUUAGAGUGAAAACAGUGCUCUGUGUGUCGUUGUUGUUUGUUGCCGUUGCCUUUGCCAUCCAGCGCCGCAGUAUCGAAGUAUCGGCGGCCAGUCCAAGCCCGAAACCUGGUUCUCUUUCGCGCGAGUGCGUAUAUCGGCCGUGCACGUGUGCGUGUGUGCAUUCGGAAUUCCUCUAACUGCGCCCGCCCUACCUCCGUCUGCCUGCCAUAAACUCAGUUCUGCUUGGAACCUUAAGUUAGACUGAUUCUAUUGCUAGCACCACAGAACUACUAAAAUUCGGGACACCAAAAUGGCAAUCAUUCUGCAGGAAGCCCAGGAGUGGUAUCGGGACCUCAUGGAUAACAAGAGCGAUCCUCGCGUCAACAACUUCUUUCUGCUAUCCUCGCCACUGCCCACACUCGCUAUGUGCAUAUUCUAUGCCUACUUCAGUAAAUCUCUGGGACCAAGGCUUAUGGCCAACCGAAAACCAAUGGAGCUGCGAUCAGUGUUAGUCAUCUACAACGCGAUACAGACGAUAUUUAGCGCGUGGAUUUUCUAUGAGUACCUAAUGAGCGGUUGGUGGGGUCACUACAGCUUAAAAUGCCAACCCGUGGACUACAGCACUAGUGGCCUGGCUAUGCGGAUGGUGAAUAUUUGCUGGUGGUACUACAUAUCGAAGUUCACCGAGUUCUUUGACACACUCUUCUUCAUUCUGCGAAAGAAGAACGAGCACGUCUCUACACUUCACGUCAUUCACCACGGCUGCAUGCCCUUCUCUGUCUGGAUGGGUCUCAAGUUUGCACCAGGCGGUCACAGCACCUUCUUUGCCCUUCUCAACUCGUUCGUUCACAUUGUUAUGUAUUUCUACUACAUGAUCGCCGCCAUGGGCCCGAAGUACCAAAAGUACAUCUGGUGGAAGAAGUACCUGACCACCUUCCAAAUGGUUCAAUUUGUGGCCAUUUUUACGCACCAGUUCCAACUUUUGUUCCGCGAGUGUGACUACCCCAAGGGCUUCAUGGUUUGGAUAGGACUACAUGGCGUGAUGUUCCUUUUCCUGUUCUCCGACUUCUACAAAGCCAAAUAUAUCAACGCAGCUCGACGGCGCCGGCAAGGGGUCAAGGCCAAUGGGCAUGCCAAUGGCCUGCAUUCAAAUGGGCACAGCAAGCAUGUCGGAGAAGGGGACACUCUGGUCGCCAACGGCAGUAAUACGGGAGCUUGCAUGCCUGUGAUGGAGGACGAGUACGUCAAGAGCAACGGGCAUGCGAAUGGUGCCUACACGGACGGCUUUUUCAAGGAGGGUGUGUUAUCCAACAACGAUGCCAUCUUCAACCCGGACAGCAGUAGUUCUAGUCUGCACCAGCGCAAAGUCAAAUAACUACUGAUUAGGUGUACUACGAUGAUAUUCAUUAUGUUUAUGUUAAGUGUUUAGCGUGUAACUGAACCCGAUUGAAGAACAAGUCAAAGAAGAAACUUGGCAGAAGUAGCAGAUGCAGUAUGACAAUUGGCACCACAGCAAAGCACAUCAGGAGAACUCGGUUUUUCAAUUGUUUUUAAUAACUUAUAUUUUAAAUGCGAAUAAUACAGAAAUCAGUUAUGUGGAAAGUCAUUCGGAUGAGCCGAAUCUUACCGAACAAACGCCACCUAUGCCCACCCACCCGAACCGUCAACUAAAGCUAAGUAGGACAAGCGGCAGCACAAACUAAGAGAUAAUCGAACCCUUUUUAUAAAAAUUUUCACGGCACCAGUUUACAAGUCUCUCUUGAAACACAGAUACAGUCAUACGCAGAGAAAAAGUUAUUUUUUGAACGAUAUUUAUAGAGCCAUUAAAGCGUGUUCCAAACUAGCGUCACAUACACUUCACCAUUUUUAGUGUAGCUACUGCAUAGAAAAACGUGCAAAAAUGCAUACAUACUCACUCUAGGUGUAGAUUUUUAUGGCAAUUUUUGAUAACAAAUGAGACGUAAUGAUACACGAUAGCUAAACAUGCCCUCCUAAGUCUGCUUUAAACUUAAACAACACGUUAUACUAUUUCUAGCUUGUUUUGUAUAAUGAAAGGACCCCAAGUUUGUUGGAAUUCAUUGUAAAAGUAAAAGGAAUAUAUAUAUAUUGUAGCUAGCUAGCCAAUUGCUAAGUGUAACUCGACCCAGACCUCUCCCUAGCCUUACUAGGCUUUAAAGUUUAAAAUUAACGGACGGACGGACGAAAACACUAGAUAGGCAAAACAGAGCAACAAAGAACCCAUGGAGAUAAAGCUUUUAUACUGUAAGUGCAAAACGGCUUGAGGAGCAGACAAUCAGUUUAGGCGUUGAUUGUCAACAUAUAGAAGAAUCAAAACAAAAGUUGUCAACAACUCACAUUUCAUUGAACCUCGUUGGUGUGGCUCAUAUACGAUACUUUAUUACUACUUAUACAAUAUCCCUUUGUUCCCACUUUUGGUUUGAAGUUGUUAAACGGUUUUAUUUCAGAGAUGUGAGAAGUAUUUCUGACGAAUUAUUUGUAAGAGUAAUUCUGUCUGUUAGCCUGUGCGUAUUGGUUUCAUUGUUAAGUUAUGUGGUUAAAGCUGACAAGUUCAAAAACUAUGGAAAACCUGAAUAAAGCUUAUUAAUUUA